AUGGAGAAAAUGGGAGAAGUAGAAAUAGAAGAAGCAUAUACAAGUAAAAGUAUUGAUGUUCUUCGAGAUCAAGAUGGCAACACUCUUUUACAUUUGGCUGUUCUGAGUGGCGAUAUACAAGUAAUCAAAGCUCUAUUAGUAUCAGGUGCAGAUGUUAAUGCUGAAAAUAGCGAUGGACUAACUCCCUUACAUUUGGCUGCUACAGAAGAGAUAUUCGAUGUUCUAUUAGAAGCAGCAGCAAUAGAUCCAUAUUUCACACAUACUAAUAUAACAAAUGCUGCUGCACAAACAGUGCUCGUAAAGUAA